UGCCCCGCCCCGCCGUGUUGUAGCAGACGCUGCGGGGCUGGAGGCGCAAACAGCCGCCAAGUAAGAAGAAUGAUGGGAGCCGCCACGACGCGCAUUGGACAGCAGGACCCCGAGCUGGUGGAUAGGACAGGCUUUUCACCAGAACAGAUCAACAAUCUCCACAAACGAUUUCUGCAGCUGAGUGGAAAUAAGGACACAAUCAGCAGAGAGAAUUUGAAUGACAUCCCAGCUCUGACUUACAACCCAAUAAAAAGUCAAAUUAUUGAGGCCUUCUUUGACAAAAGGAACCAGCAUGACAGUGAAGUGGGUUCCCUGGAGGAGAUAACCUUCGAGCAGUUCCUCAUGGUGAUGUCCCACUUCCGCCCCCCAACCCUGGAAAUGACCGCAGAGGAAAAGCAGGCAAUGAGAAAAGAGAAACUGCGCUUUUUGUUCAACAUGCACGACACAGACGGAGAUGGAAAGAUAACUUUGGAGGAGUACAGGAAGGUGGUGGAGGAGCUUCUGUCCAGCGGCAGCAUCGAGCAGGAAUCCGCCAAAGAGAUAACGGACGCCGCCAUGCUGGAGGUGGCCAGCACCAACGUGCCCCACAUGGGUCCGGAGGACUUCUAUGAAGGAAUCACGUUUGAGCAUUUCGAGCAGAUUUUAAAGGGCCUGGAGAUGGAGUCCAGGAUGCACAUUCGCUUUCUGGACACUGCCACGGUGCAUUGUGGGAAAUCUUGAGAGAACUAUUUUUGUAAACUCCUGGAAAUCUUCUCAUUUUUAACCCUUAUCCUAUGGGGUCCAGAUGACCCCACCCUCACAUUGACGUGCUCUUCCUACCAUGACAAAGGUGGAUAAAGGUGGAAAGAUUUCAUGUAAUCCAUGGACACCAGUGAAGAUCACAAAUCAUUGAAGAAAAAAGGUUCAGAGCACUGUCUAGUGGGUCUAGAUGACCCAACUCCCAAUGUUAAGGGUUACAGCAAGAAAAUGUUCAUAAAGUGAACCUUCAGAGUUUGACUUCAUGAAUUAAAUUCCUUUCUACGUCCUUCCUUCCAACUUUUUAAACUCAGAAUUCACCAGCGUGUUGUAUGAGAGUUUGAUAAUUUCUUUCAUCGUUUCAAUUCUUCAGUGUCGACUUUCAAAACUCACAUGUUAAAAUAAAGAGCAGUUUUGAAGAA